AUGGUUUUUGUGGAGAAGCUGGUAUUGGCUGCUGCUGACGUCCUGGGCCACCUGGACAGAAGGUUCAUGAACCACCGGGUCCCCGCCCACAAGCGGUACCAGCCCACGGAGUACGAACAUGCCGCCAACUGUGCCACCCACGCUCUCUGGAUCAUCCCCAGCAUCCUCGGAAGCUCCAACCUCUACUUCCUGUCCGACGACAGCUGGGAGACCAUUUCCGCCUCCAUCUAUGGCCUUGGCCUCUGCGCCCUCUUCGUGGUGUCCACCAUAUUCCACACUGUCUCCUGGAAGAAGAGCCACCUCAGGAUGGUGGAACAUUGUCUGCAUAUGAUUGACCGGAUGGUCAUCUAUUUCUUCAUAGCAGCCUCCUACGCGCCCUGGCUGAACCUUCGGGAGCUGGGCCCCUGGGCCUCCCACAUGCGGUGGCUGGUCUGGAUUAUGGCCUCUGUUGGCACCAUCUAUGUCUUCUUCUUCCACGAGCGGUACAAGCUUGUGGAACUGCUCUGCUACGUCGUGAUGGGCUUCUUCCCGGCCCUGGUCAUCCUUUCCAUGCCCAACACUGAGGGUAUCUGGGAGCUGAUGACCGGAGGGGUCUUCUACUGCUUGGGCAUGGUGUUCUUCAAGAGCGACGGCAGGAUCCCCUUUGCCCACGCCAUCUGGCACCUCUUUGUGGCAUUCGGUGCUGGCACCCACUACUACGCCAUCUGGAGGUACCUCUACCUGCCCAGCACCCUGCAAACCAAGGUGUCCAAAUGAGAUGGCCCAGCCCCCGUCCGUCCCUUGGGCUUUGGGAUCGGAGCAUCACUGGACGUGAUCUGUGAACUGUCACC